AUGGUGCAAUUCAUCCACCAGAAUCCCAAGAACCUCAGCUUGAGUGACGCAGAUCGUCGGAUUGUGCGGAAAGUCUCCAACAUCGCCGCGGCGGCGACACGCAAGGCCAAAGGCACAGCAGCCAGGACAAACACCUUACAGCUACCGGAUUUCCUACUCACUGAGACCAGAGACGACACCGAAUCGGGCCCACAUCCCCGGGUUGCCCAAGAGAAUGAUGCGGCUUCCCAUCGUCUACCCCAGUCCAAGCAUACUCGGUCACCAGCAGAACUAACCCUGGCGAGACACGCUGAUGGGUGGCGUCACACUAAUUCUAUCGUACCGCCGUUGUCUCCCUGGCCCAGCACGAUCAACUCUCCAGAGUACGUAUCCUUGCUGAUGCAGCCGGGGCUCUCCCAGAAGCUCCUCCUGGAUGCUUCGAGUGUGGGCGUCAACUCGGACCCACGACGGUGGGUGAAGAUAUGUCGUUUGACGACCAUCUUGCAAUUCCUCCCCCAGAUGAUUGGCCACAGCAAGUGCCUCGAUUAUGCCAUCGACUGCCUUGCCGGGCGCGUUCGCCAGUGCUGCGUCCAAAGCCGAGACCGGGACCAGCUGGUCCUGACGCAGCUGGAGAGGCGCUACGGGCGUGCCUUGCAGUGUCUGCAGAAUGCCCUCAACUCCUCCCGCAGCAUCGAUUGGACCGUAUGGUAUACGACGCUAUUACUAACACUGUUCGAGGGGGGCAAGCACAUCUUAUUUUCGUUAGGUCCAAACGAUAUCAAGACAGAGUUUGAGAAGAUCCUGCUUGCUGCACAAUGCCAGAUAAUGACAGUGGAAACCACUUUCCUCAACCAGGACUGCUUUCUCAGUAGCCCGGCGUGGCAGCGAGCUCUUCGAUCCACCAUCACCCGUGACGGCCUCCUCUCAGAUCGUGCAGAGCCAGUCCUGACCAUGUGGAUGCUGACCACGCGCGCCCCUGGCCUUUUUAGGAGAACAACGGCGGCUGUCCUCGAGGGCCACCUCCCCGAACAGACCACAAGCAUCGCAGACGAACUCAGUGCGCUGAUUGAAGAAUAUUCCAAGUGGCGAGAAAAAUGGGAAGUAAUCCUGCUUGGUGGCGGUAAUUCGAGCUACGACGACGGCGGCGACCACGCUGACGAGGUGCCUGUGGCCCGACCUGUCCCUACCAUCUUUGCCAUAUUCCUGGCCUUCUCGGCUCUGGCCAAUCGAUUUCUCGAGGCCGUUCAGCCAUGUCAGGCUCCUCUCGCGGAGACGAACGCCAUGACCGCAGCUCAGCGCAUCCUCGAGUUCGACCGGCUCCAAGAGACAGACUCCGUCACAGAUCUCUGCAGGACCUUUUCGGCCAGCAUCGCUCGCUCAAUCGAGCUUACGACCUUGGAGUGGUCAAUGCAACAGAGCGUCCGUCGCGUUGGCCAGACAAUCGAGCCUCGAAUCUUUUUGAGCUGGUGUGCCUUGCUGGGGCGGGUUACUGGGUAA